AUGAAUGAGAAGAAAAGAUACGCUUGGCUGGAAAUGUACGCAGCCAGAAACAAAGCAAUGACAUACGAUAGCUUUGGUGUAACAGAACCAUUCAACGAAUUCUUUGAAGGAAUAUUAAAAAUCAAUCCAAGUCUAACCAUAAAAAGACUUUAUAUUACAUCUUUGCAUAUUGCCGGGGUAGUUAACGAUACAAAAGCGGAUACGAAGGGCUGUGACUAG